AUGGCAGAAUUCAUCAGCCUCACGUUCCCGAACGCAUCUACCGAGAUCAAUCCAAUCCCCAACGCUAAGAUUGAUCCUGAGUAUCUCGUUCGAUACGCUCGCAACCUUGAUGAUUACGGUUACAACUACACCUUGGUUCCCUAUGGCUCCUCAUCAUAUGAUCCAUUCACCAUCGGAGCCACCAUUCUCUCCGUGACCAAAAACCUCAAGGUUAUCAUUGCUCUACGACCAAACACACUGUACCCCACAGUCGCAGCAAAGGCACUAGCUACCCUCGACCAACUCAGUGGCGGUCGUGUCGUUGUUCACUUUAUCGCAGGUGGAAAUGAUGCCGAACAGGCCAGGGAAGGAGACUUCCUGAGCAAGGAUGAACGCUACGGCCGCCUUGAAGAUUAUAUUAAGAUUCUCCGCCGUGCAUGGAAGUCCGAUGAGCCAUUUGACUGGGAGAGCAAAUACUACACCUUCAAACAAUUCAGUAACCAAGUCCGCCUGACCGGGGACUCGAUUCCCGUCUCAGUCGGCGGUUCAUCGGACGAAGCGUACCGCAUUGGAGGUUCUCUGGCUGAUAUCUUCGGCCUUUGGGGUGAACCAUUGAAAGAAACCAAGAACCAGAUUGAUCGCAUCAAUGCCGAGGCAGCAAAGGCCGGUCGCCCGGAGACCGACAGACCUCGCAUCUGGGUCACCUUCCGUCCCAUUGUCGCAGAAACUGAAGAACUCGCAUGGGCCAAGGCACACAACACCCUCGAUGCACUGACUGCAAACCGCGCGAACGGACAACACAGGGUCCCCGCAAAUGCGCCGCCCCCACAGAACGCAGGCUCCCAGCGCCUUCUUGAUAUUGCCGCUCGUGGGGAGGUCCAGGAUCGCGCGCUUUGGUAUCCUACUGUUACCGCAACGAAUGCGCAGGGUGCAUCCACUGCCCUGGUUGGAUCGCCGAAGACCAUCGUCGAUUCACUUCUGGACUACGUUGAUCUCGGGGCUGACCUCAUCUCUAUCCGAGGCUACGAUAACCUCAACGACGCCAUUGAUUAUGGGCGGCUGAUUCUUCCUAAAGUUCGGGAAAGUUUAAAGGAACGGGAGAAUGGUGCCUCGAAUUAA